AUGAAUAUAAUGAGUAUUCUCAAGUUAGUUGCAGUACUCUUUGUUGUGGUGUUGCAGUUGUUUGUGAAUGGUGCUCUUGGUUGCUUAGAGAAUGAGAGAUACGCUCUCCUUCAGUUGAAAGCCAGCCUUGUGUUGGAUGAUGACUCUUUCUUGUUGACUACAUGGGACACUAAGAGUGACGAUUGCUGUGCAUGGGAAGGAAUCCGCUGUAACAAUCAUACUGGACAUGUUGAAAUGUUUCAUCUAAGCCCUUCUCAGUUUGGGCGUUUUCCAGGCAAGAUCAACGCAUCAUUGAUGGAGUUGAGACACUUAAAGUAUUUGAACACCAGUGGGAAUCGGUUUUCAGACAGUAUUUUUUCAGAAUUAUUUGGUUCACUUACCAACUUGAGAUUCCUUGACCUCCAAAGUUCAUUUUUCGGGGGAACAACUCCAAAUGAUCUUGCUCAUCUUUCACACUUGCAAUAUCUUGAUCUUUCGUUCAAUUACCUGCACGGCACAAUCCCUCAUCAACUUGGAAAUCUCUCUCAUCUGCAGUACCUUGGUCUUUCAGGGAAUGAUCUUAUUGGAACCAUUCCUCAUCAACUUGGAGGUCUUUCAAAGUUGCAGGAGCUUCAUCUUGGGUCCAAUGAUGGACUCAAAUUUGAUGACAAGAAUAAUCAUGCUGGAGGUCAGUGGCUUUCUAAUCUCACUCUUUUAACCCAUCUUGACUUGAGUUAUACACCCAGUCUCAAUUCUUCUCAUGUCUGGCUGCAAAUGAUUGCUAAGCUUCCUAAAAUACAAGAAUUGGAGCUCUCUGACUGUGCUCUUUCAGAUCCUUAUCUUCAAUCUCUGUCUCGUUCACUAUUCAAUUUUUCUACUUCUCUUGCAAUCCUUGAUCUUUCUCAUAAUACCUUUUCAUCAUCCAAAAUAUUUGAAUGGGUGUUUAAUGCCACCUCUAACUUAAUUGACCUUGAUCUUAGCUAUAACAGCUUCAAUGACACCAUUUCAUAUGAUUUUGGCAACAUCAAAAGUCCUCUUGAACAUCUUGACUUGUCCGGAAAUGAACUAAAAGGUAGAAUACCAGAAUCUAUUAGACAUAUAUGCACGUUACACUCAUUGAAUCUUGACAAUAACAAUUUGAAUGAUGACAUUUCAACUAUUCUACAUAAAUUGUCGGGCUGUGCAAGAUACUCACUGCAACAUUUGAGUUUAGUUUUCAACCAAAUUACCGGAAGAUUGCCUGAUCUUUCAAUAUUCCCAUCUCUAGUAACAAUCGACCUUUCAUAUAAUAUGUUAAGUGGGAAGGUUCCAAAUGAAAUUCCAAAAUCAAUGGAGUCUUUGAUAUUUCCAUCAAAUUCUUUAGAAGGCGGAAUUCCAAAAUCAUUUGGUAACCUAUGUUCGUUAAAGUCGCUUGACCUUUCAAGGAACAAGGUGAGUGAAGAUCUUUCAGUGAUACUUGAUAAUUUAUCUGGUUGUGCAAAGUACUCCCUGCAAGAAUUAAAUUUGGCAAGAAACAAAAUUAGUGGCAUAGUACCCAACAUGGCAGGAUUCUCAUCUUUACAGAGUUUGGACUUUGAAGGCAACAUUUUAGAAGGUCAGAUCACUGACACUCACUUUGACAACAUGUCCAUGUUAAAGGUUUUAAACUUGAAUGACAAUUCAUUGUCAGCGAUAUUCAGUGAAAAUUGGGUGCCAAGUUUUCAACUGUAUACCUUAUAUUUAAGGUCUUGUAUGUUUGGGACUAGUUUUCCAAAAUGGUUGCAGAGUCAAAAACAUCUUCAAAAGCUGGACAUUUCUAAUGCUAGAAUUUCAGGUGUAAUUCCACUGUGGUUUUGGACUACUCAAGCAAUGCAUCUAAGUCUCAUGAAUAUUUCAUACAAUAAUUUCACUGGCACAAUUCCAAAUUUGCCCACAAGAAUUUCUGAAGGCUGUCAAGUAAUUCUGGAAUCAAAUAAAUUUGAAGGUUUAAUCCCUCUGUUUUUUCGCAGUGCAUCAGUGCUUCUGUUGUCGGAGAAUAAAUUUUCUGAAACUCCUUUGUUCUUAUGUGUUAACACUGCAUCUGAUACAUUGUGGACAUUAGACAUAUCAAAGAAUCAAUUAUCAGGGCAGCUUCCUGAUUGCUGGAGCAAUCCGAAAGAAUUGAUGUUUCUAGAUUUGAGUGAAAAUACUCUCUCAGGUGAAGUUCCUUCCUCAAUGGGAUCAUUACUUAAUCUUAUGGUAUUGAUAUUGCGAAACAAUAGCUUCACUGGGAAGUUGCCUUUCUCCUUGAAAUAUUGCACAGAACUAAUCAUGCUAGAUGUUGGAGAUAAUAAAUUCUCGGGACCAAUACCGGGGUUAGGACAACCAUUGCAAAUGUUGAGCCUACGAAGGAAUCGAUUCUAUGGAAUUCUUCCUGAGAGUCUCUGUUUCUUAACAAACAUUCAGCUGUUGGAUCUCUCAGAAAACAAUCUAUCGGGACAAAUUUUAAAAUGCUUGAAGAAUUUUUCCGCAAUGUCUCAAAAUGUUUCGUGGAGUACCUAUGAAUGGGUUUUAUAUCACACAGUUGAAGAUAGAGAUAAUAGUUUAGGGUUUGAUUUGAAUGCAUUGUUGAUGUGGAAAGGUGCAGAGCGGCCAUUCAAGAAUAAUAAGCUUAUUUUGAGGAGUAUUGAUCUUUCAAGCAAUCAAUUGACCGGAGACAUUCCAGAAGAAAUAGGAAACUUGAUAGAAUUGGUUUCGUUGAAUUUAUCAAAUAACAAUUUGACCGGAGAAAUUACUUCAGAGAUUGGAAGAUUAACAUCACUUGAAUUUCUUGACCUGUCAAGAAAUCAUUUCUAUGGUUUAAUUCCUUCUUCUCUAACUCAAAUUGUUCGUCUGACCAUGCUGGAUCUAUCAGAUAACAACCUGUCUGGAAGAAUUCCAAUCAGCACGCAAUUGCAGAGUUUCAAUGCGUCAAGUUAUGAGGGAAAUGUUGAUCUUUGUGGGAAACCGCUUGAUAAAAAAUGUCCUGGGGAUGAAGAAAUUGCACAUCAAAAACCUGAAACAUAUGAAGAAAGUAAACCAGAAGAUAAAAAACCAAUUUAUUUGAGUGUGACAUUGGGAUUUAUGACAGGAUUUUGGGGACUUUGGGGAUCAUUGUUUCUCAUCAGGACUUGGAGACAUAAAUAUAUGUUGUUCUUGAACACCAUAGUUGACACAAUCUAUGUGUUUAUGGUGUUGAAUGGAAUUAAAUUUCAAAGGUGGCUUAGAGAUUUGCGGGAAAAGUUUUUCUAA